GAUCACAUCGUGAAUCGUACUCAUCGGCGUCGUGGACGUGGUUAAAAAAGUUUAUCUUUUCAAAGUAUUCUUAUCACCUCCCUAACUUUCUGAGUAGCGUACGCGAAUGUGGUUUACAAAGUGAUAGCUGGUGUUAUAAUUACCGGGAAUAGAUAACGCUCCGAAAUGUUGAGGGUGUUCGACGAUGUGCGGAAAAACUUUGUGCUCAAGCCCAAAGCGUAUAGUAUUGACAAUUUUGCAUUCAAACUCCAUUAUCGGGUGACAACGUUGAUGCUGUUAGUUGCUACAGUAUUGGUGACAUCCAGGCAGUAUAUUGGCGAACACAUUCGAUGUAUAAGUGAUAGUGGAGUCGCCAAUCAUGUAAUGAACACUUUUUGUUUCUUCACCGCAACAUUUACUGUGGUCAAACACUUGAAUGACUCUUUACUCGAUGCAGAAUUUCUGGCACAUCCAGGCGUUGGACCGAUUGGUGUCAAUUCAGAUGAACCCAUAAAACGACACGCUUAUUACCAAUGGGUCCCGUUCGUGCUCUUUGCCCAAGCUAUCAUGUUUUACUUUACGCAUCUUCUGUGGAAGAAAUUGGAAGGUGGACGCCUAAGGAAGCUAGUUGAAGGUGUCCAAUACGCCGCGUUUGCGUUAGGAGAAAAGGAAUUAGUAGUAGACAAAAAGAAAAUUCCUAGCAAAGAGGCUCGGGAUAAACGGCUUAAAGAUAUUCGAAGAACAUUCAUGGGGCGUUUGUAUAUAAAUCGCACUUGGUCCAUAAGUUUAAUAUUCUGCGAGUUUCUGAAUUUUAUUCACGUAAUACUUCAAGUGCACAUCACCAAUACUUUUUUGUCAGGCCAAUUUCUGAAUUUAGGCCCCGAAAUUAUUAGGAAUGGUAUUGACUCCAGUGUUGAUCCUUUAGACAUCGUGUUUCCUAAAGUAACUAAGUGUACGUUUUACAAGUACGGCCCAACUGGAUCGAUACAAUCACACGACGCAAUGUGUGUCAUGGCUCUCAACAUAAUUAAUGACAAAAUAUACGUAAUGCUUUGGUUUUGGUUUGUGAUACUUUUUAUUGUAACCACGCUCGCCUUACUUUGGCGUGGUUUUACAGUAAUUGUGCACGCAAGAAGUCAAAAGUUUAACGAAAUAAUAUUCUCGAUGGCUUGUCCAGGAAAAUUAAAUCCUUGGAGGGUGCUACGCGUCACACGCUACUGCAAUUUUACCGAUUGGCUGUUUCUCUACUAUCUGUCGAAAAAUAUGGACGGAUUUGCGUUUAGGGAUUUAUUUAUCGGACUUGCCGAAGAUCUCGACGAUCAAAAUGAGAAUCCCGAACUGGCGGACCUUUUCGAAAAUGUCGAUGAUCCGGAAAAGAAGAUAUUGAAAGACAAAUAAAGUGCUAAUCUGUGAUGAACUUGUACGCCUAAUCAUUAUUAAGGAGGACAUCUACUAUAAGGUCGUUAUCUGGCGCUAAAUUGUGUAGUUUUCUUGCAAGUACAGUAAUCAUGUCUUAUACACUGUUAUAUUAGCGGAUUGCCGACGAAUGACCUAGUAUAUUGUAUAUAUCACAGAUGUAAAUAUACUACUUACAUCUGUGAUAAUAUCAACAAAGUUACAACAAAUGUUUAGUAAAUGUUGCUAAAAGCAGAAUCAUAGCAAAUGUCAAUAAAAUUUACAUAACCUCAGUGUA